UCGUGCAUGCACGUACAUGUUAACUCGUCUAGUCAAGUCAAGACAUGUCGUCAGCGUAUCGAUCCGUGAUUGUAUUUUAUACUUUAAUCACACUAGCUUGCUGUCGUCCACAACAGACUGAAAUAGAUAACGCAGGUGAUUGGGGCAUUCAGAGGUGCGUCAUAACGGAUGAAAUUGGAGAUGAGAGCUAUGGAUGCGAUACUCAGGAAAUUCAAAGAAAAGAUUUUCAAAAAGCUAUGGAGGAGAGCUGUAUACCAGAGGUGUAUGGCGUGUAUGUACAGGACAAGCGUGGACUGGUGACAGUGGAGUUCAGUGUUGAGACUCCCAGUUGUGAGAGAAAUCACAACAGAUCCAGGGGCGUGGUUAUUACACUGGAAAUGUCUGAAACGGAGGAGGUCAAUUACAAGUUCUUCACUAUGAAAACAAAACACAGACUGCAGACGAAGAGCGAGAUAACUGCUUACAGCUUAGCAGUAUCAUUGCCUAACAGAAACGGGGUAUUCAUUGCACGAGUGGCAGCAAUACACACUCAAAAGGGAGCUAACUCUUUCAUGCCUCCAAUUUUAGUCGGCGAUUUCGACGAACAUCAUACUUACCACGAAAUUAUCAAUCCACCAGAAAUCAAUUACGUAUGCCAAUGUACAGACAUUACUGUUGUAACGAACGACACUAUAUUCCUCAAUCUCUGUGAUUCACAACAUCUGGUCUCCUCCACUGUGACGCUACAAGGAACUGACACCAUCAGUAAACCAGUCAAUACGAGUGCAUGCGAGAAGACCUACCCGAAUCUGGUUGAUGGCAACUAUACUGUUUUGGCCUAUUAUGAGUGCAAGAAUAAUGAAAGUCGUGUAUGUUCAAAGGUCAUCACGAUAAGGACCAGAAAAGAAGGUGACAUACGCGCAGAAAAAGCUUACAGUGCCCUUGAUGUUAACAGGAUUUUGGUCAUCGCUGGAUUUUCUACUGGAGGACUGAUGGCCUUUGUUUUUGUCUUUACGGUCGGGAAGUUAAUACAACAUUAUCAUCAAGCUGAAAAGAAACAAAAAGAGAGAAAACGGAUUACAGAACCUAAAGAUAUAAUGCUUGUUUACACUUCUGAUUCUGACUUGAAGAAUAUAAGCGCAUUUGCGGAUCUACUGUGGAAAUCUACAGGACUGUCUGUCCAUUUUGCCGACGAUGUGGCGUCACAAGAACAGAGAUUUAGCAACAAGUUUGACUGGCUUGACAAAUGCUUAAAGAGGAGCUCGAACGUUGUCUUUAUAGCAUCUAAAGAGAUGUGCACGCUUCUGGAGAAUUCGGGUAAAGUUUCGGAGGGGCACAUUGAGGAUUGGUUGGAGGGAAUUUUCUGUUACGUCAUGAACCAUCUGCGAGACAAACGAUCUAAUGGACUUAAACGAAGUCGUUACUUCAUUGUAUCACUAACUGACGACAAACAAGCAGGACGGUAUGAUUACGCAAAGGAAAUCGCACAGUUCAGUAUAUUUCAGAGUAAAGGAACACAGAUAUUCUAUGUUUCACAAAAGAAGCCGAUUAAAAUCCCGAUGAAACUAGUUCAGAAACUGCACGGCAAAUUCAGAAGACAGAAAAAGGAAAACGGUUUUGAUAUUGAAGACAGAGAAACACUUUUACCACGUGAACAAUCUAAUGAGGCAAUCGCAGCUGUUGUAUAAGAGUAACUAUCUUGCUGAUUGUUUGCUGGUGAUAUUUUAAAACGAAGAGAAAGCAUAAAGAACUUACUAUUAAGUCAAUCGAGAAUGUGUUGAUUAUAGCCAUUACCGGAAGAGGAAUAAUAAUAAUAAUAAAAAAAUAAAUAAAUGAUUUUUUUUAGAUAAAUGGUUACAACAUACAAUUCACUAAACUUAUAGAACAUUAUGAAAUUUUGCUCUUCUUUUGGAAGCAUUUAUUUCUAUAUGCUGUCAUACCCGUGAAGUAUUAAUAUUAUUCAACAGGAAAACAUUCCAUAUUCCGCAUUUACAAAAUGUUAUUUUACAAACAUAGUAAAUUUUCGAUAUCUCAUAAUUAUGCUAUCUAGCUUAUAUGUCACAAAUGCAUCAAGUUACAUUGCAAUGUAAGUAAAAUAGCAGUAAUGUAUGUUAAAAACCAAUUAAAUUUGUCUCAUUGAAUAUUUUAAGAGCAUGUUUCUAGUCCCCAUCGGAAGCCAUUUAUUAACGUUAUAUUAAAUCAAAGAAAGCAAUGACGAUAUAGUUGCAUUUUCUAUACAUUAACUAAUGUGUUAUUCAUAAAACAAUAAUGAUAUUUAAGUCUAGUUUAAAAGUCGAUUACAUCAUUUUAAAGAUGUUUGAAUAUACUAUAAUGAUUUUUCAAGUUUUAUUUUACAAUUUUACAAGGUUUUUUUCUCUUAAGCCGUUAUAUAAGUUAUAUACAUUUGUAUUUUAUUGAUAUUUGUCAUAUCCUUAUUAAUGCAUUUGUUGGCCUUUUGCCAAAUUAACGAAAUCAAAACUGAAUACCAUGUCGAAAAUCAAUAACAUGUACGUAAUAUUUAUAUGUAGUUGUACAAAGAUAGGAGUUAACAGCACUGAAUCAGGUACUUGCAUAUGCUGUUGAUCACGUGACCUUAGCCUAUAUCACUAACAACUGUUAUAUAUAUAAUAGAUUGUAUUAUAGUUUCAAAUGCCUCUUCUAGUAUCGAACUCAGAACCAGACUACUGCUUUACGGGAUAAACCAUGGAGCUGAGUUGCCAGGGUUACAUAUAUAUAAGUGUCUGUAAAAUGUAUAACGUUGUAUAUAAUGUGCAUGAUUUUAUAAUAACUUUAACAAGUAUUUAGUAACACGUAUGACAGUCAAAUACUGCUAAGGACAAGUGCACAUUGAAACCUGUCUCCAUCCAUAUCAGCCUUUACUGACACACUUUAAUUCUAAGUUAGGGCUGGGCUUGCCUUUACCAAAUGGGAAUAACCUUUACCGGAUUGGAAUAACCUUUACCGAAUUGGAAUAAACUUUCCCGAAUUACAGAAUGGGAAUUGCCUUAAGCGAACAGGAUUUGCUAUACCGGAUAGGAAUCGACUUUGUCAGAUUAAAAUUACCUUUACCGUAUGUGAAUUAACUUUUUGGAUGUGAAUUGUUUUUACCCAAAAUUAAUACAUGUACCAAUUUGUAGAUACUAAUGCAUGUCAUAUGAAAUGGAUACCAAGAUAUGUUAAAUUGAUGACAACAAUUUCAUCCACAUUUAUAUUAACCCUCGUUUAUUGUUGAAUUACCCUUUUACAUUAAUAAUAAGUGUGUUCUAUAAAUGCUUUAUAGCUUUUAAUAAAACA